AUGAGGCCGCACCUCAAGUUUGCCGCUUUCUCCAAUCCUUGCAACAUGUCUGCAUCAUUCAAUGUUGUGUACGGCAACAUAACCAAGCGAGUUGAAGCCCGCAAAAGCGAUACUGUACACCAGCUUACCAACAUAUGCAUGCAAAAGUACAAAAUAGAUUCAAACAUGCGUGGAGAACUUCACUACAAUGGCAAACGACUCGACAGUCUGCUUCCAAUUCGUCUAGCCAAUUUGGCCAAUAAUUCGAGAUUGACGUUACUGGUGCAAAGUGUGGGGGAUUCCAAGGAUAAAAAUGUAAAUGUGAAGCUUAUGGUUGUAUUUCCAGACAAUAAAACUCAUACGUUCAUACUGACGGUACCGGCAAACAUCAUGCUAGUAAAGCUAGUUGAAAGCAUGGAAAAAUCGAACAAUGUUGAUCUCAUGGAGGUUCCUGGCUACUAUAUGAAACUUUCUGUUGUCAACACACAGUUGAGUAGCUUGGAUGAGAGGUUUACUACGGUUCGUCUCAACUCGAUUAUUGGUUUGGAUGUUUCCAGCUUGGUGAUACGUUUGAGUUACUCAAGGGUGGAUAACCAUGAAACAGUCUUGAAGCAGAAGGAGAUUGUCAAGAAGCAACUUGAAGAGCAACAAAAGUGGAACGAACGUCGUGAGUUGGAAAGAGUGGAGAGGGAGAGACAAAGUGCACAAGAAAGAGAGCUUUCAGAAACAAGACAAGAACCAGUAGAUGAAGCUAACUCCAACGAAAAUGAAACUAUUUCCAAACAAGCGCCACUGAACCGGUUCGUUGAUCAACCACCCCAACCAAGCAUUUCCAGCGUUUCGAGUCGAGUAGACCAUACGACCCAUGUCGAGCCAAAUCCAGUGGCGCAGCCUACAUCCCAAAAUAACCUGCAAAAACCAGAAAGCGCCGAGUAUUUCAUACCCUCGGAUAAACGCUACAUUUAUGAAAAUUCUGACGAUGACUACGACAUGACGGUGACCCAAGCACAAAAGUACCACAAGCUAAUUCAGGAUUCCGCAGCUAGAAAGGCUCCCAAACAAGCUCGCAAACCACAAUCGUACUCUGUUCGUAUCAAGUUUCCCGACAGAUCAUUGCUUCAAUUGGCAUUUGCAGCCGAUUCUAAGUUUGGACAAAUUCUCAAGGAACUCGACCACUACAUCUUGCCAGCAUACAAAGAAAAUUACCACCUUAAGGUGGCCUACCCUCCUUUCAAAAAGCUCGAAUUUUCAUUUCUGGCCAACAACACUAGGUUAGACGAACAUGGAGAGUUUGGGAGUAACGAAAAUAUUGUUCUACUUUGGGAAGUUACCGACGGUGAUGCAUCUGGUCCCUUUAUCGACACCAAAUUGGUCAAUGCGAAAGAAACUACAGAAUUGCCUGAAAUCCAAUUAGAAUCGAACCGGGGGCAGCUUCCAGAUGAUACUCAAAAACCACAGGGUAAGAAGUCAACAUGGUUGCAAAAGACGUUCAAGAAGUAA